ACACAUGCUACGCCUAAGGAAAAUACGCAGUAGUAUUUGUGAAUUAAAGAGAAAGAAUUGCUGUUGGAUUUCGGGUGGUUGACAUCACUGUUUUUUUUUUUUUUUUUUUUUUAAAUCAUGUACUAGUUAGUAGAGCUUCUAACCAGCGACGGUGAAGUAAGUCAUGGAGGGGGUGCUGUAUAAAUGGACCAAUUAUCUAAGUGGCUGGCAGCCUCGCUGGUUUGUACUGGUGGGAGGAACUUUAUCAUAUUAUGAUUCUCAAGAAGAUGCUUGGAAAGGGUGCAAAGGCAGUAUUAAAAUGUCAGUGUGUGAAAUACAAGUCCAUUCCUCAGACAAUACGCGGGUGGACUUGAUUAUUCCAGGAGAGCAGUAUUUCUACCUGAAGGCAAUAAAUGCUGCAGAGAGACAGAAAUGGCUGGUUGCUUUGGGCACAGCCAAAGCCUGCCUCACUGACAACAGGACAAAGAAAGAAAAAGAGCUGCAUGAAAACACAGAGGCUCUGAAAACCAAGAUGUCUGAACUGCGGUUGUACUGUGAUCUUCUUCUUCAACAAGUUCAUAAAAUCAAAGAAGGUUCUCCGGCUGCAGUAUCUGUGUCUGACACUGGUGUGGAACAGGAGAACAUCGAAACGGGAACCCUUGUGAAGUCCACCUGCGGCACUUUUCUGAAGACGCUAGAGGAAUGUAUGCAGAUUGCAACCAAAACCUUUAACUCUGAUCUGCUGCUUCAGACAACCCCAGGCUCUCCACCUGUGGCAGCUAUCAAACCAGACAAGGUCAAACAUAGCAACCCAUCUAGUCACAGCAUCAUAGAAAGAAAGAAAGAGUUGAAUAACAACUAUCGAAACAAAGCACCAUUCGAGAAACUGAACCCAGAAGAACAAGAGAAGCAAAGCGAACUAGAACAACCAAGUGAGGCUGAAACUCAUGCGGCAGACAGCAUGCAAGGUGACAGCUCAGUGAAUGUGAAGCACACAGACUGGGAAGAGUGUGACGACACACCAGCAGGGGGCAGUGUUGUGAAGCUAGAAGGGCAGUCUGAAGCAGUGAGCGCUGAGGAUCCACAGGCUGGGUGUGCUGAAGAGAAGGACUGUGACACUCUUCAGCAGGGUGUGCAACAACAAGAGGAGGAGGAGGAGAAAGUUGACACAUUCUUUAGUACAAUGGGCCACAGAUUUAGUGAUAUAGAAUUGGAAGACGGCAGUGGUAUCCCAACUGAGCCAUUUUUGGAAUCUUGUUAUGCAAUAGUCCCUGUAUUAGAUAAGCUUGGACCCACCGUGUUUGCUCCUGUUAAAAUAGAUUUUGUAGGUAACAUUAAGAAAAUCAAUCAGAAAUACAUUAGCGAUCCAGAAAAUUUCACAACUCUGCAAAAGAUCGUUCUGUACGAAGUGGAGACAAACAUGGCUCAGGUUAGGAACUCUGCCACAGAAGCACUUCUUUGGUUGAAAAGGGGCUUAAAGUUCUUGAAAGAGUUUUUAGCAGAGGUGAAUAAUGGAGAAAAAAAUAUCUGUGCAGCACUAAAUAAUGCUUAUGGUAAAACACUACGGCAGUACCACGGCUGGGUUGUGCGAGGAGUCUUUGCUCUGGCACUGAGGGCUGCUCCUUCCUAUGAAGGCUUUGCUGCAGCACUGGUCUCUAACGAAGGUGACCAGAGAAAGGUGGGAUUUCCCAAGGGGAUGCACAGGGACCUUGAUGUUUACUUGCUGGCCAUGGAGCACCAGUUGGCAAUACUAGACGCCAUGUAUGAAGAAUACAGUCUAGAGUCUGAUGAGGUUGUAUGAUGAUUGGGGAAACGCAACAAAACCAGACAGCAGGGAUUUCAAAUGCUGAGAUUUUUGUUUUGUAUUUGAUAUUUUAUUCCAUCAGUGUUACAAUUGACUAAAGAUGGCUUUUACCUUUAAGCACAAUGAAACCAAGUAUACUUAAUCCAUGUAUGUUGCCUUAAAUUAAAUAAAACCACAGUAGAUAAUGUAAUCCUUUGCCUGGUAAAGGCUUAAUGCAGCAACUUCCUUAAGUUAUUAGAUCGUGGGUUAUUACUUUAGUCUAAACUUAUUUUAAUCCAUUGUCUUGAAUAGGUAAAGGCCAGCGUAAGAAUAAAAUAACAUUGAUCCAGGUAGUUAAAAUUACAUGAAGACAACAUGAAGGCAAUAGCAGAAACAGAUUUGCAGGAUUUCAUCUUAAAACAAUAUACCAAGAAAAUGACUCAAUUUGGGUUGAUCGUUUGUGGAUGUGGAAUGCAGUGGAAAUAUUUAACAUGUAGAAGGAUUCCACCACACCCACACAUGGAACAUGAUUCAAUGUCAGUUUACAGGUAUCGCAUUCGGAAGUUACAUUCGGGUAAUAUGACCAAGCCAAGUACCUGUCCUUUUUAUUAUUAUUAUUAUUAUUACUAUUUCAUGUUGCUUUUGUUUACAAAAUGUGUAUCUUGGCAUACUGAGAUGUAGCCAAACAUGCUGUUUCCUCCAUUAACUGUGGCAAGAUUGCUGAUGCACAUUAUAAGCCUAUGGGUCUGUUUUCAUUGUGCAUAAGAGAUUCAACAAUGUUUAUUAGUCUAAUAAUGGUACGUGUUAGUUUUUAAUUCUGUUUAGAUUCAGUGUAAUUAUGUAACCUUAAUGCAAAGGGACAUUUUCAUGUGUGUAAGUUAUUUCUUCUGUUUUACAGUAUAGAUUGAGCUCUCUCUGUUUAUAUUGUAAUCUGUUAUUUUUAAAAUAUUAUUGAGCAUGUGUUCUCUUGUAUGGCACACUACAAAUGACUUGUAAUAUAUAUUUAUGUAUUUCAUUUUAUACAGUUUUAUUAAACCUAAACCCUUCAA